CCUUUCCAGACACCGUGCUCUCGCCUCUCCUUCCACCCCAGGUCCAUUCACCCUUCUUUGGGCUGGAAAUACACACUGUGUCCGGCAUUUGUGUCCUUAAAAACAACUGAUAAGACGCUUUGUGAAUACGUCAGUGCGGUUGCAUUCCAGUUGUGUUUUAUACGGGGGCUGCAGGAGAGGACUCAACUGCCUCCAAAAUACAUGUUUGACACGAGCCAAUGAGGUGUGAGAGGUGGGGCUAUGGACGACCACAUGACCAGGCUCGCGAUACACCCACAGGAGCCGAAAAUCAUCCUACAUGGAGGAGACGAAGGCUUGGUGGUGGAGCUUCAGGUGUCAUCGUCGAGGGCGGGGUCUGUUGUCGAUGAGAACGAUGUGGCCAAUGAGGAGGUGGAGGACGACGAGAUCGACCAAUUAGUGAUCCAGGACUCCGCUGAGGACCUCGUCCAAUACCAGGAGGAGGAUGAGGAGGUUGCCAUGGAUACGUGUGUGGUCCAGAUGGGGGAGGAUGAUGAGGAUGAUGAUGGGGUUACCGUGGCGAGGGUGGUGGGGGGCGACGGGGAGGAAGAGAGGGAGGGAAGAGAAGAGGAGGAGGACGGCUGUGGAGACUACCUCAUGAUCUCAUUGGAUGAGGCCGGUAAGAUGGUGUCUGGUGAGGGGGAGGAGUCAGCGGUGGUUGCCGGGGGCGAUAAGGGUGAUGGACAGGAGGUCAUCAAGGUCUACAUCUUCAAAGCAGACGAUGCCAACGAGGACAUGGGUGAUGCUGAGGUUGUGGGGGAGGAGGAGUCAGAGACCACAGCUGAUGACUACAUGCCUGUCAACGACAACAACCGCGACGACUCUAAGGAGGUCUACAUGGAGGUGGUGGUUGGCCAAGAGGAUCCUAACGUGGCGGCCGCAGAGCGUUGCUACGACAACUCGACUCUCAACAAGGAGUUCACGCCAGCGACAUGGGCAUCAGCAUACGAGGCGCGUAACGGGGCGGCGAGUGCGUUUCUGCACAUGGAGGACUCGAUGGCCGGAGGGAAGAGCAGACGGAGGUCAGAACCACGACAACAACAAGUGCAGACAGCGAUCAUCAUUGGCCCCUAUGGCCAGCCGCUGACGGUGUAUCCGUGUUUCCUGUGCGGUAAGAAGUUUAAAAGUCGCGGCUUCCUCCGAAGACACCAGAGAACACAACACACAGACCUGCUCACCAAGACGCGCAAGAAGCCUGCUCUCUUCACUCAUCGCCUGCAGCACCACCCCCCCUCCCCCUCCCCCUCCCCGUCCCCCUCGCCCUCCCCGGCCGACCCCCCCUCCCCCGAGCGCCUCUCCCCCCCUCACUCCCCAGAGGAGGUGGACAUCGACUCGCCACCGCCCCCGCUGCUCAAGUGCAAGUACUGCGCCUUCAGGGCCGCCGAGCCCGCAAUACUGCAGAGACACCAGCAGAGUGCGCACCAGCGCACCAGGCACCCACACACAUGCGCCGAGUGUGGUAAGGGUUUCCGGCACCCCUCUGAGCUGCGUAAGCAUGCGCGUACCCACACAGGAGAGCGUCCCUACCAGUGCACACGCUGCAACUACAGGGCCGCCGACGCCUCCAACCUCAAAUCACACAUGAAGACCAAACACGGAGACGCACUCAGGUGUGACCAGUGUGGCGUGACGUUUGGUGACGAGGGCGAGUUGUCUCGUCACGCGUCGUUGUGCCAGGCGGGAGAGGACACGUCAGGUCGGCCGGGCAACGCGUUGUCGGGGGCGAUCGUGGUUCACCAGUGCCCACACUGUGACCAUCGCAGCUCCAACUCCUCAGACCUGAAGAGACACAUCAUAUCCUGUCACACCAAGGAUUACCCCCAUGUAUGCGAGGCGUGUGGUAAAGGAUUCCACCGGCCGUCGGAGCUGCGUAAACACGAGGCUACCCACGGCAUCAACAACAACAACGCCGCCACAGCCAAUAGCAACGCUGGCUUGUCGCCGGGAGCAACCGGCGCCACAAGCCCCUCCCCCUCCUCCGGCGGCGGCUCGGUUACCGGGGCGACGGCUCCGCCUAAGAAGCUCCACCAGUGCCGCCACUGCAGCUUCCGCAUCGCCGACCCCUUCGUGCUCAGCAAGCACAUCCUGUCCGUGCACACCAAGGAGGCUAACGCGCUCGCCGGCGCCACUAACACCGCUAGCAGCAGCGGCAUCCCACCGUCGUCGCCAACUAACAACGGCGGCGUCACGACGCCCCUCUCGUCUCCCGGCAAAGCCUCGGCCAAUAAGAAGUCUCCGUCCUCUGCGUCUAAGAAGGCUGGUGGCGGGGGCAUUGGCGGUCUUGGGGGUGUUGGUGGUGGUGGUGGAGGUGGGGGAGGUGGUGGUGGUGUACCUCGCGAGCGGCGCGUGUACCAGUGUCAGUAUUGUGAGUACAGCACGGGAGACGCGUCGGGCUUCAAGCGUCACGUGAUCUCCAUCCACACUAAAGACUACCCGCACCGCUGCGAACACUGCAGCAAGGGCUUCAGGAGGCCCUCGGAGAAGAACCAGCACAUCGCACGACACCACAAGGACCUGCUGCAGCAGCAGCCGCAACAGCCACCGCCACCGCCACCGGCCGACAUCGACACGGACAUUGUAGAACCCUGAUCAGCUCCGACACACACACGCACACACACACGCACACCGCCAGAGACCAUAAAGACUUGCUACAGCCUAGUUCAUAAGGACGAACAAACACACACACACACACACACACACACACACACACACACACACACACACACACACACA